GCUCGCGAAGAUUGGCUCCACCUCCACGCCCGCCUCGACGUUCGUAGUCCCAGAGACAAGGCAGGCGGCGGCAGUUUUGGGCGGGUCAGGGCGGAGCUGAAGCGACGGCGCAGGCGGAAGCGGCGGUCGGUGGGGCGGGGAAGGGGGCUGGCCCCAGAAGGAGGAGGAAACCCUGAAAAGAAAACAGCAACAAGCGGAGCCGCUGUGACAGAAGGGAACAAAAUGGCGGCGCCGAAGGGGAACCUCUGGGUCAGGGCCCAACGGGGGCUCCCGCCGCUGCUGCUGCUGACCAUGGCCCUGGCCGGAGGUUCGGGGACCGCUUCGGCGGAAGCGUUUGACUCGGUCUUGGGUGACACAGCGUCUUGCCACCGGGCCUGUCAGUUGACCUACCCCUUGCACACCUACCCCAAGGAGCCUGCCAGUUUGUACACAGUGAAUCACACAGAAGAGGAGUUAUACGCAUGUCAGAGAGGUUGCAGGCUGUUUUCAAUUUGUCAGUUUGUGGAUGAUGGAGUUGAUUUAAAUCGGACCAAAUUGGAAUGUGAAUCUGCGUGUACAGAAGCAUAUUCCCAAUCUGAUGAGCAAUAUGCUUGCCAUCUUGGUUGCCAGAAUCAGCUCCCAUUUGCUGAAUUGAGACAGGAACAACUUAUGUCCCUGAUGCCAAAAAUGCAUCUACUUUUCCCGUUAACUCUGGUGAGGUCAUUCUGGAGUGACAUGAUGGACUCUGCACAGAGCUUUAUAACCUCUUCAUGGACUUUUUAUCUUCAAGCUGAUGAUGGAAAAAUAGUUAUAUUCCAGUCUAAGCCAGAAAUUCAGUAUGCACCACAUUUGGAGCAGGAGCCUGCAAAUUUGAGAGAAUCAUCUCUAAGCAAAAUGUCCUCAGAUCUGCAAAUGAGAAGUUCACAAGCACAUAGGAGCUAUCUUGAAGAUGGAGAAAGCGAUGGCUUUUUAAGAUGCCUCUCUCUUAACUCUGGGUGGAUUUUAACUACAACUCUUGUCCUCUCAGUGAUGGUGUUGCUCUGGAUUUGUUGUGCAACUGUUGCUACAGCUGUAGAACAAUAUGUUCCCUCUGAGAAGCUGAGCAUCUAUGGUGACUUGGAAUUUAUGAAUGAACAAAAGCUAAACAGAUAUCCGGCUUCAUCUCUUGUGGUUGUGAGAUCUAAAACUGAAGACCAUGAAGAAGCAGGACCUCUACCUACAAAAGUGAAUCUUGCCCAUUCAGAAAUCUAAGGUGUUUUUUUUUUUUUUUGAGGAAAAAUGUAAUAGACAUCUAAAUUUUCAUUCCUCAUAGAGCUUUUUAAAAUGGUUUCAUUGGAUAUAGGCCUUAAGAAAUGACUGUAAAAUGCAAAUAAAGUUACCUAAAUUUGUGAAGACUGUAUUUGCUAUAACUUUACCGGUGUUUUUUUUUUCCUAGUAAUUUAAGAGGUAGAUGCUUGGGAUUGUAUUUUUAUUUUACUAAUAUCUGUAGCUAUUUUAAUUGUUAUUUGCAUUGGUUUGUUUGUUUUUCCUUUUUUAGCCAAAUUAUAUGUGCUGAUCAUUGUUCUUCCCCACCUCCUGCCAUGAUGCUGUCUUAGCUAAUAAGCUGAAUACUUAGUAGGACGUAAUGCUUCUGCUCAGAAAUCACCCACAAACCUGUAACUUAAAAUUUAGCAGGAAAUACCCUUUAAUGACUCUACAGUUUCAGGAACUGAAAUCAUUAAAAUUUUAUUUGAAUAAUUA